AUGGACAAUCUUAAUUUAAAUACUUUUUAUCAUAUUUAUGAUAACGAGUGCUAUGGAAACGAUAAUUUAUUUACUACCAAAAUAUGUGUCUACUUCGAUGUUCGUCCUAUUAAACACAACGAAGCAGUUAUAGCUGAAAAGAUCCAUUAUUAUGUCGUUAAAAAUAAAGCAAAAUUUUAUGAUGUAUGGAAAAAAUGCAAUAAACUACAAAAAGAACAGAAAUUCGCUAAUAUUGUUGCACUUACACAAGAAGAGUUUCGGCCGCUUCCAGUUUCUGAAUCUUCAACAAAUUUUAAAAAACUAAGACGAUCUUCAACAUCUGCAUCAAGUGAUCCAUCGCCGACAACGUCUUUUUAUUCUCCACCUACGCCAACGUCUAUUUCUCCACUUCCAAAUCUAACAAAACGACAACGUGAUUUUAGUGAAGUUUCAUCUCGUCAAAAGCGACGACGAUUGUGUGAUUUAAAUUCUUUCUUAGAUGAAUUUGCUCAGGCAAACGAUUUGACGAUUAAUCAAGUUAUAGGAUAUCUUCUUUACCAACGAAACUACAAUAGUGAUAAAUAUUUAGCUAAUUUGGGGCAUCAACUUUACGAAAAUGAAUAUACCAACAAUUCUUAUUUAAAAAGUGUUGAUUUAGAUGAAGCAUUAGCACUUAAAUGUCAUUUAAAUUUAAGUCGUACAGACAUGGAUUUUUUAAAAUGGUUUACUAAUGAUUAUGUUAUUAUUCCAAAUCGACAAUAUAUUAAAAACCACACUGAUGAUUUGAUACCAUCACUCACAAGUUGCCGCAAUGACAGAGGUAUUUAUGUAAAAGAUCGUCGAGAACCAAUGCAGUUAACGAUUCAACGACUGAUUGAUGCUCUUCAUUCGAAAAAUAUCAAUGUACCCAGUCAUCUAUCAUAUCGUGAGAAAACAGGUCAAGAUGGUGCUGGCUCAAUGUCAAUAUAUCGUUCAAGUGAAAAUCCAAUGAGUGAUCCAAAUAUUUUCUCCAAAAUGUUUGUCCCAUUAACAUUGAAAGAUGAAAAACUAGAUCAAGUUCUAUGGCAAAAUGAAUCACCGAACAGUGCCUUUUAUGCUCGACCAUUACUACUAAUUGCUGAAAGAGAAAAUGAUGAUUUACUUCGUUUCGUCAAUGAAGAAUAUGAAAAUCAAGAAAAAAGUUUAGAAAAAUAUGGUUUAACAUUUAAAUACAAAAGCAAAACAUACGUCGUCAAGAUUACAAUUGAAGCAAGUAUGAAAGACAUGAAGGUUCGAAUGGCUGAAUCAGGUUUGGGAGGCGCACAAUGCUUGAUGUGUAGCACCACACAAGAAGAUUGGAAAAAUUCCAAGAAGAUUUUAGAUUCUAAUUUUUUUAAUAUUAAUCGGACAGCGGAAAAAACUCUUACACUCUAUAAUCAACUUGCUGAUAACGAUGGCAAUAUUUUAAAACGCAAAAAUGAUUACGAUACACGUACAGGUUUAACAUCGAAGCCUUUAUCAAUCAAUGAUCAACAUUUUAUUACUAUUACUCAUCAAUAUAUUAAUGGUACAAGUUGGAUUUUAAAGAUUAUGUCUCAUAUGCGUGCCAAUGUCUUAGCAUGGGCCAUUCAUGGCAAGGAUAAACAAGAUCAAAUUUCAAAAGAAAAGAAAGCAAUCUUAAAAAUAAUACAAGGUAAAACUGGUUUACGACUUGAUCAAUGUGAUUCGUCUUCAUCUACAACUGGUGGUACAAGUACAACUGGCGGACAAGGACGAAAAUUUUUUUCUCACGAAGUGCGAGAUAUUUUGGUGUCUUGUGUUCCCUCACGACAUCGUACAACGUUGCGGAAACUGAUUCAACUUUAUUCUAUUAUUCUGAGAGCUGUUUCUUCGACUCAAUCUAUUAACAUUGUUCGAUUCAAUGUGUUAAUUAUGGAUUUUAAAAAAUUAUUAUGCAAUGAAAAAUGGAUUAAUUAUACUAUGACUGUACAUUCCUUAAUAUUUCAUUCAUGCGAAUUAAUACAAAGAAAUCAUGGCGUGGCUUUAGGAGAAUUAUCAGAAGAAGCUCUUGAGAGCUGCAACAAAGAUAUUCGUAAUUUUCGUGAAUUUUUAUCUAGGAAAUGUGGACAUAUUAUGAAUCUAACAGAUGUUUUCAACCGACUCUUUAUUCGUUCUGAUCCGAUCAUCAGAAAAGUAGUUAUUGAUACAUUUAAUAGACGACAAGUACAUUCGAAAACAUCUACGGCUACAUCUCAAUCGUCAGAUAUAGAUGAUCAAAUACUCAGCACUCUAUUUCUCUAA